CAUAGAUGGUGCGUCGAAAAAAUUUCCAGCCGAUUUUGCUGUUAUUAAUGCCCUCCGGAUAUUUUAUAGCCCCUUUUCCCUGGACUAUUUAGCGUAUCAGCGUAUCGACGAGGAUAUUUUUUUCUAAAAAAGAUUCAAACGUAGUAGCCAUCGUGAAUAGUUGUGUGUUUCUUCUACGUAUAUUUCAAAAUCGGAAAAAAUUGUAAUGUCAACUAUAACGAAAGACUCAUUGUGUGAAGUGGAUGAGAUUUUGGACGGGCGCGUCGUAGACAACAAAAUUGAAUAUUUGGUGAGAUGGAAAAAAAGUGAGAGUAGUGACGAUGAUGAUGACGAUGAUGAUGACGAUGAUGAUGACGAUGAUGACAGUGAUACAGAAUGGGUCCCAGCGGAGCUGUGUAGUUGUCCAAUCGCCAUUGCGAACUUCGAAAAAUCCAUUGGGUUGUGGAAGGACACCUAUGAAGUCGAAGGUAUCAUUGACUCCAUUGAAGAUCCAGACGGAAAUGUGGAAUAUCUGGUCAAAUGGAAGGGAUUCGACAGUUCAAAACAAAGUACUUGGGUUAAAGAAAAAGAUAUGCAUUGCAGCUAUUCAAUUCAAAAAUUCGAAAAUGGUCACCCAUAUCGAGAUAGAAAGAUGUUGCAGGUGAAGAAAAUUGAUGAUUUUGCUGGAUUUCGUCGUGGAGUGGAGAACUACAAAAUUAUAAAGGGAGGCGAACAAGAAGCCACCAACAAAAGAUAUACAUUGGACCAACUAUACAUCGCUAUAAAUGGUCGCAAAGCAUUAUGUCAAUUCAAAGGAGAAUUCUUUUAAGUUUGUGUAACAAACCGAGAUCAUCCAAAGUCGACUGUGUCAUUCAAAUAUAUUCAAAUAAAUAACAAAAUAUAAAUUCGAAAA